CAAAAAAUUUCUACUUGAAUUAUUUUCAAUAUUAUACAAAAUAGGGAGAAAAAACGAAAAAAAUAUCAGAAAUAAAAAAAGAAGAAUAAGAAGUGUAAACAAGUGAUAAAGUAAAAGUUUUAAUAUAAUUAAUAAAGUGUACACAUACACGCACACGAAUAAAACAAAAAAAAUUUGAAUUUAAUUUCGGCUGCAUGAAUUUAAUUUGAAAAAAAAAAAAUCAAAAACAAAAAAUAAAUAUUUUGUGCAACAUUUUAACAGGGUUUAUUUGAAUGUUAAAUUUAACAGUAUAGUUUUCAAUUUAGAGGUAAAUAACAGGAUUAUAAAUCAUAAAUAAAAAUAAAAAUAUCAAAUAAGUAAUCGAAAUAAAAUUCGAUUUUAAUUGCUUAAAAAGUACAGAAAAUUUAAAAGUGAGAACAGACAAAAAAAAAAUAAAAACACUUAAUAAAAAAAAUUAUUUCUACAAUAUUACGUUUUCUUUAAAAAUUCAAAAGAAGAUUAUCCUGCAAUAAAAAUUUUUCAACUUCAUUAUAUAUAAAAAUAAUCAUUUUAUCAUUAAUGACAAUGAUUACAUCAAUUAGAUCAUCAUCUGUACAAUUGAAAAAUAAUAUAGGAUUGAAUAUUGGAAAAAUAUUUAAUAUAAAAAUGUUUAAUAUGUCAUCAUUCCUUUAUAUAAUUUUAUUUAUAAAUUAUUUAAAUUGCAAAGUAUAUGCAAGCGGUGGUGGCGGUGGUAGCAGUGUUAGUAGUGGUGGAAAUAUGAUUGAUACAAAAAAUUCAUUACAAAUGCAAGAUUCAAGGAUGUUACCCCCAGAAGUUUAUCCAUGGAAUAUACUUGGUGUUCCAGAUUAUAGUAUUGAAAAUGAUGUUGCAAAACGUUCUUCAUGGCAAAAAUUACAUGGAACAUGGGGUAAACGAAAUAUUCUUGAUAAUGCUUAUCAUAAUAUGGAAAAUUUUGAUGAAACAAAUAAUGUAAUUAAUGGUGCUGGUGGUGGUAUUAAUAAUCCAUCUCCUAAUAAUAUUAUGAGCAAUAAUAAUAUUGAAGGAGAAAAUGAUAAUGAUUUACAUGACAGUCCAACAGAUCGCGAUUAUCAAGAAUUAAUUAAAUUUGAAGAAAUUUAUAGUUUACCAUCAUCAAUUAUUAAUGAUUUAUUUAAACCAAAUGCAUUAUAUAAUGAAAAGAAACGUGCAUGGAGAAAUUUAAAUGUUGCAUGGGGUAAAAGACGUCCAAAUAAUGAAUGGAAUAAAUUUAGAGUUGGAUAUUGUUCCAGAUUACUAGGCUGUCUUGAUUGGUAUAAUUUCAUUUUGAAAUUGGAUAUUUUAAAGAACAGAGACCCGGAAUUAGCGCAAGAGGAAUUUGAAGGCGCAUGGGGUAAACGUGAACCUGGUUGGAAUAAUCUUAAAGGACUUUGGGGUAAACGUGCAUCAAAUUGGAAUAAAUUAAAUUCAGCUUGGGGAAAACGAUCAACUGAAGAUGUUAUGGAAACUAAUUAAAUUUUUCACUCAAUAAAAUUUUUAAUUUCAUUCUUUCAUUUCCUUAUUUUACAUUUUUUGUUUUUGUUUCGACUAUUCUCAAAAGUUGUAAAAAACUAAAACAAAUAUUAUUCUUAUAUAAUCAUGUUUAAAAUAAUAUGAAAAGAAAAAUAUAAUUUACAUUAUCCCUUAAACAAAAAUUUUCAAAAAAAAAACCAAAAAAAAAAAAAUAGCAAACAAAAUAUUUAUGUAAAAUAUUUUUAAAAAAAAUAUAUAAAUUAAUAAUUGCAUUGAUUUAAAAAAUUUUAAAUACAAUAUUCUCCUACAAACAUGCAUAUUUUUAAUUCAAUAUACAUAUUAUAUAAAAAGAGAAGUUUUAAUGUCAAG